CAGCAAGGCCUGCAGCACAGCAAGUCCUGGGUGCGAGGUAAGUACACCUUCCUUCAAAAUGCAACGCUGCUAAUAAACUGGGACCCGGAAAUGCAGAGGUUUUGUGUUAGUGGAGGAAAGGUCCUUGGAGAAUGGUGCUACGUGCUUUGGUAUCCUCUGAGAAUAUCCAGGCACUGGCCAGUUGGCGAAGGACAUGACUGGGAAGCUGAAACCACUUUCAUCCCAUUGGUUUAUCAGACGGGAAGGUAGCCUGCGUGGCAGGACACUGGGAACUAGCUCCUUGCCGAAUGCACCGGAGAGCAGCACUGCUUGCUUUCCGUCCCUUUUGCUAGGUGAUCUGAGAACACGCCAAGCUGCCGCUCCUUCCUGGACGGCUGACUGCCUGUGAGCCCGGCUAAGGAGGCUGAGCGCCUCCCCUGCGUGCAGUUCCCCGAGUGCCCGCCAGGGGGCGCUGACAGCCGCUGAGACCCAGCCUCCGGGACGGCCUCGCGUCCUCGCCGCAGCGGCUGCCACGUCAGCGCGCGUCCGGGCUGAGCGGCGGCAUGGCUGGGAUGAGGAAGACAGCGGCGGCCCUCGGGGCCGAACUGGGCGUGCGGAUCGCACUGUUCACGGCCUUCCUGGUAACAGAGCUGCUCCCUCCCUUCCAGAGGCUUAUCCAGCCCGAGGAGAUGUGGCUGUACCGGAAUCCGUAUGUGGAAGCAGAGUAUUUCCCUACCAAGUCGAUGUUUGUCAUUGCAUUUCUCUCUCCACUGUCUCUGAUCCUCCUGGCCAAAUGUCUCAAGAAGGCGGACACAACGGACAGCAAACAAGCCUGCCUGGCUGCCAGCCUUGCCCUGGUUCUGAAUGGUGUUUUUACCAACACAGUAAAGCUGAUAGUGGGGAGACCACGCCCGGACUUCUUCUACCGCUGCUUCCCUGAUGGGCAAGCCCAUUCUGACCUGACGUGCACAGGAGAUGAGGAUGUGGUGAAUGAGGGCCGUAAGAGCUUCCCUAGUGGACAUGCUUCCUUUGCAUUUGCUGGGCUGGCCUUUGCUUCCUUCUACCUGGCAGGGAAGUUACACUGCUUCACACCACAAGGCCGUGGAAAAUCUUGGAGGUUCUGUGCCUUUCUGUCACCUCUUCUUCUAGCAACUGUGAUUGCACUGUCCCGCACCUGUGACUACAAGCAUCACUGGCAAGAUGUUCUAACUGGAUCCGUGAUUGGCCUGACAUUUGCCUAUGUCUGCUACCGGCAGUAUUACCCUCCUCUGACUGAUGCAGAAUGCCAUAAACCAUUUCACAACACACUUGUACUACCCACUGCACAAAAGAAUUCUAUGGAUCCUUAUCAUCUUGAUAUUUAGAAACUGGAGCUACCUCAAUGGAGAAGAAUAGGUGAAUCGGCCCCUCCUCUCUGGACCAUGGGAAGACAAGAAUUUCCUACCUUUUCACCUGUUAAAAGAUACAAGUGAGGACAUCAGCAUUUCAUUCUGUUCCAUAUGAUUAUGCAGUUUUUCCCCUGCUCACAUGAAUUCAUCAUGAGGAGGUUCCUUUUCACUAUUGUAUGCCAUGCAUUCUCAUAAGAGAUCCUUCAAUAAUACUCCAACAGCGUACGAAUCUGGUUCAUAAGAUUGGUAUCCCAAGGUCUACAGAGGUGUUUCUACAUAUAAUGCCUUUGUUGUUGUUAAUCCUCACCCAAGGAUAUUUUUUUCCAUUGAUUUUGUGAGAGAGUGGGAGGGAGGGGGAGAGACAGAGGGAGAGAAACAUAGAUUGGUUGCCUCCCUCACAUACUCCAACCCUGAGGAUUGAGUGUCCAACUGAGGUACAUGCCCUUGACUGGAAUCGAACCCGAGAUCCUUCAGUCCAUAGGCUGACUAUCUACUGAGCCAAACUGGCUAGGGCAUAAAUGCCUCCCUUAGAAGGAUCUUGUCACAAGGAAGCCUUUACAUAGCCCUACUUUAUCCUAAAAGCUAGAGUCAAUUCUCAAAACUUCAUUUCCUAUACCUCAAAAUCUUAAAAUUUAGGGCAUGACCAACUAGAUUAUUUUAGUUCUGUUUACUUUCUCUGGUGACAGUUCCAUUAAGCCUUAACUAGGGAAGUAUCCGUUUCUGGCUGGUUUACCACUGCUUUGCAUAUCUUAUCCAAGUCCAGCUAGAUAGUGCUGUCUAUUUUUAAUACUGUGGACAUAAGUGAUUUGUCAAAUUACUAAGUAAACACAAUAAAAAAGAAAAUGGU